AGUAAAUCAGCUUUUUGAUUUAGUAGCUCUUGUAUUCUGGGUUAGAGUUAAUGUUCUCUCUUCCCUCAGAACGAGCUUUCAUGUCAUCCUUUAAAUGCAAGUGCUGUUAAGGAACACAAUUUGACUCGUUUUUCAGUCAUGGCGAGGCGACAUGGGUGGCAACUCCCAGCUCACACGUUUCAGGUUGUGGCUAUAACUGUAUUUUUCUUGCUCUCUGUUGCGUACUAUUCCUUUUUUGCUCCAUUUCUUGGAAGGGACAUUUAUGAAUAUGUGGCUAUUGGUGUUUAUUCUUUCUUGGUUAUUUCGGUAUUCAUUCUAUAUGUUAGAUGCACAACCAUUGAUCCUGCGGAUCCUGGGAUACUUAUUGGUGGAGAGGGGACAUCUGCCUACCGGUCUCACAACAAGAAUGAUUUGCCUGGGAAUGCUGCUCCAAUGGAAGAACAUAGCAAGGUAGAAAUGAAGAAUGGAGAAAGGUCUGUGGGGCAUAAUUCAAGUUGGUGCUCAAAAAUUGGAGGCUUCUUCUGUGGCUUUCUAGUAAAAGAAGAUUGCUGGGAUGAUGAAGAUUUUAUGCAACAGCAAGCUGGCGAGGAAGUUGCUUUAUUUUGCACAUUGUGCAAAGCUGAGGUGCGUAAAUUUAGCAAGCAUUGCAGAAGUUGUGACAAAUGUGUGGAUGGUUUUGAUCAUCAUUGCCGGUGGUUAAAUAACUGUGUGGGGAGGAAAAAUUAUAUCACAUUUGUGUGCCUUAUGGCAGUGAGCCUUGUUUGGCUCAUUGUUGAAUGUGGAGUAGGAAUUGCCGUCCUUGUUCGGUGCUUUGUUGAUAGAAAGGGUACUGAAAAUCAGAUAGUUGAGAGGCUUGGAGUUGGGUUCUCUAGGCCCCCAUUUGCUACAGUGGUGGCCCUCUGUACAGCUGUUUCUUUUCUUGCUACCAUGCCGUUGGGAGAACUAUUCUUUUUCCAUAUGAUUUUGAUUCGAAAGGGCAUUACGACAUAUGAGUAUGUUGUAGCCAUGAGGACACAGAGUGAACCACCUGGGCCAUCUGUAGAUGCAGGGGACCCGCAAAGUCUUCCAUCUUCACCUACCAGUUCAGCUGUGACUGCUAUAAGUGGACGAAGCUCUCUUGGGCGAGGGUUGCAAUAUAGAGGUUCUUGGUGCACACCUCCAAGAAUCUUUAUGGAUCAUCAGGAUGAAAUCAUCCCAAACCUGGGGCCAGGACGUGUACAAUCAACAGUUAAUCCAGAUGUAAUUCAGUCAUCUGAAAAAGGGAAAAGAUUGGCCCAGCGCCCAGUCCGAAUCAGUGCUUGGAAACUUGCAAAAUUGGAUUCUAACGAGGCGAUUAGAGCAGCUGCCAAAGCUAGAGCAUCAUCCUCAGUGCUGCGUCCUGCACAUUCUCGUCACCAUCCAUACGAUAUAGAUCAAUUGUCGAGUAGCAAUAUAAGUGGUAGAAGCAGUCCAUUCAGUACUGAUCAUGGUUACAACAGAGAUGCUAAAGUGGGGGCUGUUAAGUUAUCCUCACUCAAGAGUUCUUAUCCAGCAAGCCAGACCAGCAAGGAUGAUCUUGAAACAUGCACUCAUAGUAUUAGCAACUUUAGUAGUCCUCACCAUACUAACAAUCUCAUGCCUUCUCCCUUGGAACAGCAAAUUUCUAACAGGGAACAUUUCAAUCCAAUAUAUCAAUCAUCAUCAGAUCAAUCUCCUUGGUCAGCAAAAGCAAGCAUUGGGGAUGAGGUUGCUCUCCAUGAUAGUUUACCUAUAUCACAGGAACCAAUCAGGAAAAACAACAGGUCUACUCAAGAGAACCCUAGAUCUUCAGUGGUUUGGGAUCAAGAAGCAGGACGUUUUGUGUCCACAACUACUUCUAGAACUAUUGGGUCCUCUUUACAGAGACUGGAGCUUCUUAACACUGGUCAGUCAAUUUUCUUUGGUGGUCCUCUUGUGAACGAAUGGGCAACCAGAGGUUCUAGAAAUGGCAGUUCAUUGGGGCAAACCAGUUUGGAGAGAUCCUCAACCUCAAGUCAUCGUCAGAGUAGACCGGAGAGAGGAGGGCAGCUUCCUGUUUUUGUUCCAAGCGAUUCUCAGCUAAACCAGUUUUCUUCUAGAUUGCCUUGAGGGCUUAAUAGAGAUACGUCUUCUUUCUUCCCAAUAUAUAAUUCAUUUAGACCAACAUUUCUUUCAUUCCUUUUAUGCAUUGUGGCCAUGUCUUGUGCAUUAAGAAUCUUUGAUUAGCUCUAGUUUUUCUACCAUCAUGUACACAUGAGUCAAUCUGUCAAUACAUCUGUUCAUAUAUCCAUUGUUAAUCAUCCUUUGGUUGGGUGCA